AUGUCAGCAGUUAGAAAUAGAAAUAACGUUGAAAAGCAAUCAAACAAUGGUGCUCAAUUAACAGAAGUCCAAAAGAAAGAAUUAGCCGACUUACAAAAAGUUCAUCCAGCUAAUGAAUUCGGUGGUAUUAUUGGUACCUUCCUCUUAACUUUUAUUCUCCCAGUUGUUGUCUAUUGGAUUUGGGCAUCAAUUGAAUUCAACAAUGGUUAUCUCUUACGUCCAGAAACCCUUUCAGUCGAAGGUGUCAAAGCAUUCUUGGCUCAACUCUACCACUAUGUCAUCACUUACGCCUACCCAACCAAAGAAGCAGCCAUCAUCUACUUCUCAUGGUUUGGUUUCCAAGCAUUCCUUCAACACGUUGUUCCAGGUCGUAAAGUUUUAGGUUCACCAUUACCAGGUGGUGCUCGUCUCGAAUACACCCUCAAUGGUUGGGCUUCAUGGUGGAUCACACUCAUUGUCAUCCCAAUUGCCAUCUAUUUCGGUCUCUUCAAAGCCACCAUCCUCAUUGACAACUACGCCCCAAUGAUGACCGUCGUCAACAUUUGGUCCUUUGUUUUCACUUUCCUCUUAAAAAUCCACGCCAAAUUAAAGGGUGAAGAAGAACGUAUGUCAGGUCACUUCUUUUACGAUUUCUGGAUGGGUUUUGCUCGUAAUCCACGUAUCGGUUCAUUCGAUCUCAAACUUUUCUGUGAAGCUCGUCCAGGUCUCAUCCUUUGGGUUUUAAUGAAUUUCUCAAUUGCUGCCAAACAACUCGAAGUCUACGGUGAAAUUUCACUCUCUGUCAUCUUGGUUUGUUGUUUCCACUUCUGGUACAUUGCCGAUUACUAUUAUCACGAAGAAGCCAUCCUUACCACUAUGGAUAUCAUCACUGAAAAAUUCGGUUACAUGUUAGUUUAUGGUGAUUUAUCAUGGGUCCCAUUCACCUAUUGUUUCCAAUGUUACUACCUCUACAAACAUUUAGUCAACGGUGCUCCAUUACACAUCUCUAUUGGUUACGCCAUCUUUGUUGUCUCUUUGAAAUGUUUCGGUUUCUAUCUCUUCCGUUGGGUUAACUCACAAAAACACGAUUUCCGUCGUAAUCCAGAAGCUCCAGUUUGGGGUAAACCAGCUGAAUUCAUCCUCACCAAACGUGGUACUAAAUUAUUAUGCUCUGGUUUCUGGGGUAUUUGCCGUCAUCUUAACUACACUGGUGAUAUUAUCUUAUCAUGGGCUUGGUGUCUUCCAUGUCAAUUCGAUUCACUUGCUCCAUACUUUUAUGGUAUUUACUUUACUUCAUUAGAUCUCCACCGUUGUUGGAGAGAUCAUAAUGCUUGUUUAGUUAAAUAUGGUGAUGAUUGGAGAGCUUAUUGUAAACGUGUUCCAUACAAUUUCAUUCCAGGUUUAAUUUAA